AUCACUGUCCUUCCCAGUUCCCAUUGUGGUAUGAACCUGCUAAUAGGGUUUUGUUCCUGGAUUAGGUAGUUAGGUAGUUGGAUUCCCACUCCUUGCAAGAGGACGGGAACUUCGAAGUUCAAACUGCUGGAAGUAGCUUCUGAAUCUGCGACAAGCUUCUUGGUCGAUAUGAAGAUUUAUGAUCGAUAGAUACUCAGCGACUGGCCUGUUAGGGUUUUGAUCAGCGAUGGCGCUUCCUAUCGGGAAGCUCACCAUCCUCGUUGGUGCAGGUAUACUUGGGUCUGUCCUCGUUAAGGAGGGUCGCAUGUCAAAUGUAUCUGACUUUUUAUCUGGUGCUUUCAAGAUUGUUGUGAAGCAAAUUCAGAGAGAUGAUUCUACUCCAAAUGCCAAACCCCAAAAUGAUACUCUCCUAGCACAGGUAAAUAGCUUAAGACAAGAGUUGCAGCUUUUGGCAUCAAAUAAAUCAGUUACGAUCAUAAACGGGGGUAGAUCAGGUGCUGGCACCUAUGGGGUCCCAGUUGUCAUCGUCAUUGUUGUAGGAUAUGGAUAUAUAUGGUGGAAGGGUUGGAAGCUUUCUGACAUGAUGUUUGCGACAAGACGCAGUUUAUCUGAAGCUUGCACUUCUGUAGCUAAAGAGCUCGGGCAAUUUUCCUCAUCCAUUUCGCAAACAAAACGAUUUUUAUCUUCAAGAAUUGAUCGGGUAGAUGGUAGAUUAGAUGAGUGUGAAGAGAUCACAGCUGCAACCAAAGAGGAGAUUUCUGAAGUACGAGGUGAUGUAGAGGAUAUUGGUGUGAAUGUGGAAUCUGUUCAUCGUGCAGUGCAAACUCUGGAAACAAGAAUUGUGCAAAUAUCAGGGAAACAGGAUCUUACUAAUAAAGGAGUUCAAACAUUAUGUUCUUUCGUCUGGGAAUUGGAGCAAAAUAGAAUGCCGGACCGUAUUCAGGCAUCACCGUCCAGUUCAUCCGGGCCAGCUUUGGAACUUCCACAAAUGACGCCGACAUCAAGUCAGACUAGUUCUUUGCCACCCAAAGUUCAAUCAUCAGAACAACCAGCUCCUGCAUCUGUUGAAUCUCCAAAGGUUUCACGAAGCCUGAGCGCCGUCUCAGCCUCAGGCCUUAAGGAGCUUCAAGGGAUAACAAAUGCUACUGUUGAGGCAUCAACUGGUCCAGAUGUUAAUAAUGGGGUUCAAGAUUCAGAAGAUGUGAACAGCAAUGGAUCUUCGAGUUCCGGUCGAACAGGGUGGAGAUUUCCUGGACUAAAUGCAUCUCUUCUUAUGAGAACACACAGUGCGAAAUCUUCUUACGCCUUCAAGUAGUAUUUUCCGGGCCUACUCUCCCUUUCAUUGAUCAUUAUAUGUUGUAUAUGUUAAUACAUUUAGAUUUCAUUAUGUUGUAUAAGUAAUACAUUUAGAGUUCCUCAGGUAGAGAGUGCUUACUUUAUAUACAUGAAACAAGACCAAGCACAAAAUUUUGUAGAUCAGUCUGGUUAGCAGUGACAAAAAUUUUCAUUCCAUAAUAGCAAUAAAAGGAUGGGUUACUUUUUGACAA